UCUGAGUCUGUGUUGUUGCUCUGCCCUUUUCUCCGUCCCUAUCUCACUCUCAUCUUCUCUCUUCCUCUCCUUAGCGCUGGCGCAUUGUCUAUCUGGUUCUCUCCAGUACCUUCAUUCGGCUCUUGAUCUGUUUUAUUGUUCUAUUUCCCGUUACGUUGAUUGGACGUUCUUGUCCCCCCACGUCCCUUCGCGCACUAAUAAAAGACGGUCGAUCCGCAUCCACUCCGAGGCGAGACGCUCAUUCAACCACGAUGGACAUGUCCGAGGCCAAGUACGAGAACCUGGGGAUCGGGGACCACGAUCACGAUGACCGCAGCAGCACCGAGGUCGAGGAGUCGCUUAUUGGCGCGGAGGACAAGGCGUGCCGGAGCUGCCUGGCCCAGGAGUACCAUAGACCCACGGCGGCAGCGAGAACAAGGAGAAAGAACCGGUGCCUGGCCAUGCUCAGCUCGUCGCGGUGGUUCGUCGACACCAUCUUGCUGUUUGUCAUUCUGGGUCUGCUCGUGAGGCAGCAAACGCAGUCGCCGCCUGUGAAUACGUUGGACUUUGGGGGGGAUCUGACGGGCGUCAGCGGAAAGUUCUCGCAGCAGAUCAAGACGUUCGCACCGGACUACGAGGGCAAGUAUGCGCCCAACGACACGUCAAAGUUCUUCACGGAUGAAGUGUUGAAUAACUGGAACGAGCUAAUGCCGAUCGGCAUGGGAUUCCAAUGGGUCAACGACACGCACAAGUACCACGACCUGCCAACCCCCAUCAUCUGGCCCGAGAAGACCGUCUUCACGACGUCCAUCACGCACCAGCUGCACUGCUUGUUCGCCGUCGUCCAGACCUACUCGGGCCUCACGUCGGGCCACGAGAUCCCCGACGACCACCACUGGCACAUGAUCCACUGCUUCUCGUAUCUGAGGCAGACCAUCAUGUGCAGCGCCGACAUGGCCCUCGAGGGCCUCGAGACAACGUUCCCGGACCACAACGGCGGCUCCGACGGCUGGGACUCGAAGCAUGUGUGCAAGGAUUACAACCAGGUCAAGAACUACCUGGAGAGCGUGAGGGCCUACGACGAUAGAGAGAUCUUUUAA